GAAAAGAAUAAAAGUGGAAGCAUAGAAUUCUUGCAGUUGGGAGCAAAACCCAACGGGGAACAAAAACUUUAGUCAAGGCUGGAUCCCAAUAAACCAAGACAGAUUUGCCAACCGUAUCUUGGUGUAUGUAUUUCACAAACAUACACCACAAAAAUUCGAAAAUUCUGAGACACACAAAGUAGCUAAUAGUGGAAUAGCGCGUGGAGGAUAAAGGCAAUGGAUAUAUUUUAUUGAAGAAUACCCGCGAGAAUGCCUGGAAAAGGUGGGCGGCGACCAAUUGCAAUCCCUGCUGGAUAAAUGGCGUAUGAGGAUUGAGGAGAAUGAGUGAAGGCGGUCUCUGCAAUUGAAGCAGAAAAUGGGGUGUGCAUCCUCAAAACAUUUGGAACUGGUUUCCCAAGGCGAAGGAUUGAAGCGCUAUACCAAAUCUCUCUCUCGCUCGCGCAACAAAAAGAAGAAUAAGAAGAAUACCAACAUUGAUGACCACCACCAUGAUCAUCACCAUCAUGUGGCUCUCACCUCUUCCACCUAUGGCGUCUUCAAUCCUCAGACUUUUGAAUCCGAAGAGCAGGAACCCCCUGAGAAAGGUAAGUCCUGUGAUUCCUCCACAUAUCAAAUUUAUGAAAAGUUGAAGAAUUUUGAGUCAGAGUCAGGCCCCGAGCCAUGGAGUGAAGUUAGCAAAGUGCUAGACAAUCUUAAGGAGAAGGAUAGGGAUUUGGGGCAGCAGGGUGGUAUUGGGGUAAAGAUCAAUUCUUUUGAUAGUAAUACCAUUACAUUCCAUACCGUGGAAGAAUUGGAUGCCAAGAAUAGCAAUGAAGUGGGUUUAGGUUUGAGGCAAACACAGGGAUUGGAUUUGGAUACACCCAGUAUCAAUGCCCCACUCAAUCAAGAUUCAUUUCAGAACACGCUGAAAAAAGAAAACCUACCUGAGAAAAAUGCUACCACAAACAAAAAGUUUGAUGAAGAAAAACCUUCUUCUGCUAUUGUUCCGGCCGCAGGGUCUGCAGACUCUGAGUUUGCAGAUAUGAGUGAUAAAGGACCUCCAUCUGGUCGUAGGGUUGUUGAAGCUAAGGCAAAUCCUCUGGACAGCUUUGAGGAGAAGUGCCCACCAGGUGGAGAGAAAGGAGUGGUGCUUUACACUACAUCAUUGCGAGGAAUCAGAAAGACCUUUGAGGAUUGCAACAAAGUAAGAUCUGUGCUUGAAAGCUAUGGCGUCCCAAUUGAUGAGAGGGAUGUGUCUAUGCAUCUGGAGUUCCGGAAUGAGCUUAAGGAGUUAAUGGGCCAGCCUGUACCUGUUCCCAGAUUGUUCAUUAAGGGCAGAUAUAUUGGUGGUGCAGAGGAAGUUUUGCAGUUUAAUGAUGAUGGCAAGUUGGAUGAAUUUCUUAAUGGACUUUCAACUGGCACUGCGUGCAAGGCUUGUGAUGGAUGCGGCGGAAUGAGGUUUGUGCCAUGUUUGGAAUGCAGCGGAAGCUGCAAGCUUAUCAAUAAUGAAGGGUUGUCAGUCAGGUGUCCUCAUUGCAAUGAAAAUGGUUUGAUUCAAUGCCCCAUAUGCUGUUGAUUUAUACAGGAGUGGUUUGCUGUGCUUAAAGGAGUCUAGCUUUGAGCGGUAGGAAAAAGUUUGGGUAGCAGCUCCAUCAAUUUUUACGGUCUUCUGGGCUCAUAGGUUUGGAUUGUGAGUGCCUUCUGAAGAUGUGUGCUUUGCAGAGAGAUAAGGCUAAGUGUAAGGAUAUAUCAUGCCCUGCAAUUCAGUACUCGCAAAAAGGCACGCAUGGCCGUUUUUGCUUUCUUUACCAAUGUGUCCUGAAGACGAAAUUUAUCAUGAUAAAUGAAACAUGUAAUUUGUAUAAGGGUUAGUUCACUUUAUUGAAAGCUGUAAUUGUUCAUUGAUAAACAGAGUCUGUAAUUGCACGAAUUACAUAUCUUCUACAACUGUGAUAUGAUUGAAUUGUAUUUGGUCAAA